GAAAAAGUACAUAAAUGAAUGAGAAGAGUUUCUCUCUUGUUCCAACAAUCGCUGGUUCUGGUUCCAUUUCCAAAUCCAACAACGAUGUCUCUGCUUCAACGUGAGUGUUUUUUGUGGAAUCCAAGUUGCUACAAAGAAGACACGGAAAGGAAAUUAUGGAACAAGAGUUAAUUAGAGGACGUGACACAGCAAAUCAAUUACUUGAAGUAAUUGAGAACAAAUUGAAUAUUAAUCUUCAUCACCAUGGAGAUUUAGAAGGGUUAAUAAUACCCUUAGCUCAAGAUCUUGUUAACAAGGUACUUAGAUCAUUCACAAAUACUCUUUUUCUUUUGAAUACUAAUAAUGAUGUCUUUAGUGAUGAGGAGGUUUUGCCUAUUACUAUCAAAGAUUUGUCAAAGUGCCCAAAACUUGAAGAAACAGAUCAUGAAGCUUGCAAGAGUUUUAAAGUUCAAAGAGGCUGCUACAAAAGAAAGUCAGAUGCAAUUACUUGGGAGAAGGAUAGCUCAAUUUUGAUUGAAGAUGGCUAUGAAUGGAGAAAGUAUGGACAAAAAAAAAUAAUGAAGGCAAAAUAUCUCAGGUGUAUAUCUUCAACUUCAAUUUUUUAUUUUAUUUUAUUUCUUUCUAUGAUAUUGUCUCCUACAAAACACCGAUAUACACGGACACCGGACAUGACACUUACUUGUCAGCAUUGAUGAACAAUUUGAAAAAAUAAAAUAAUUGAAUAUAAUGACAUGUGUCUGUGUCGCACACACAUCACUUAAUAUAUGAUUAUUUGUUGAGAAUGACUCAU